UUUUGGUUAACUGGUUGACAUUGGCAAACGACGGUGGUCAUCUCUUUUUGUUAUACCUAGAUAAUUGAAAAAUAAUUUUUCGUUUUCAUAAAAAUUGUAGUGUAAAAGUACCUAUUAUAAAUUGCAUACUAUGCAAUAGGCUGCUCAAAAUUUCAAAUCUUACAACCUAUAAUGGCGGACAGAGACCUGUCGUUAGGACCUCGAGAAGGAGUAACGUACCCGGUAAAGGUUCAGUACUGUGGAAAUUGUUCUAUGCCGAUAGAAUAUUGUGAAUAUUAUCCUGAAUACGAUAAGUGUAAACAAUGGUUAGAGAAAAAUUUGCCAACAGAGUUUGAGAAAGUCAAGAUAGAUGAAGAAGAUAAUGCUGGUGGUGAGGAAGAAAAGAAACGCCAAAAGCGAGGCGGAAAGGGUAUGCUAAAGUCUAAGAAAAAGGAAGAUGUUCCUAAGUUAGUGCAAGUCUCCCGAGCUCCUCGGGGCAAAAAGAAAUCAGUCACGGUAGUGUCUGGUUUAAGUACCUUCGAUAUAGACUUGAAAGUAGCAGCUAAGUUCUUUGGCACAAAAUUUGCAUGUGGAUCAUCAGUUACUGGUGAUGACGAGAUAGUAAUCCAAGGGGAUGUAAAGGACGAUCUGUUUGAUGUUAUUCCUGAAAAAUGGCCAGAGAUUGAUGAAGAUAGUAUUGACGAUUUGGGAGACCAAAAGAGAUAGUUCCAUUACCCAGUAAGCUAUUGUUCACGGAUUCUGUUUCCCAAUGUGAAUGCUACACUGUAUGUUUUUUAUUCAUGCGAAAUAGAAUGAAAUUUUGUCAAUUUAUUUAUUUUACCAGCUUUUGUCAUAAAUAAACAAAACACUUUUAAAAGUA